UAACGGACCUAUCACAGUGCUGGUUUGUUGAGUGUGUAUGUACGUUACCGUCUUGCGCUCACGAUCUCCCGGCAAAAAAAUAUGAACGCCUUAAUGUAGGAAAUAAGAGCCCAAGAACAUCUCAGACAUGCCGAAUAAGACCAAGAAAGAAAAGGCUGCUACUAAACCAGCAGGAGGCAACAACAAGACUUCCAGUAAAGAUGGCAUAGAUGGUCCAGACGAGACAAGACAUCGCACAACAAACGUACCACCUCCAACACAGCUGACAAGGUCGAAAGGUACAGGACCGCUGGUCAAGAAAGAGAAGAGACAAGGUUCCUCACGGUUCAACAUCAGCAAGAAUAGAGAAUUACAGAGACUACCCCUCCUCAAAGAUGCCACUCCAGCAGAGAGGGAAGACCUGUUCAUGCAGAAGUUGCAGCAAUGCAGCGUGGUCUUUGACUUCAUCUCGGAUCCACUGAGUGACCUCAAGUGGAAAGAGGUCAAGCGGGCAGCUCUGAACGAACUGGUAGACUUUGUCACCCAUCAGAGAGGCGUUAUAACAGAACCCAUCUACCCUGAAGCUGUUAAAAUGUUUUCAAUAAAUAUGUUCCGCACGUUGCCCCCACCUUCAAAUCCCAGCGGUGCCGAGUUUGAUCCAGAGGAAGACGAGCCGACAUUAGAGGCGGCUUGGCCACACCUACAGCUUGUUUAUGAAUUUUUCCUGCGGUUCCUGGAAUCGGCCGACUUCCAACCCAACGUAGCCAAGAAGCACAUCGACCAGAAGUUUGUCCUGCAGUUACUGGAGCUUUUUGACAGCGAGGACCCGAGAGAGCGUGAUUUCCUCAAGACCACGCUACAUCGGAUCUACGGCAAGUUUCUGGGUCUGCGGGCCUACAUCAGGAAACACAUCAAUCACAUAUUUUACAGAUUUGUGUAUGAAACGGAACACCACAAUGGUGUGGCUGAACUACUAGAAAUCUUGGGAAGUAUCAUCAACGGUUUUGCCUUACCGCUGAAGGAGGAGCACAAGUCAUUCCUGCUGCGAGUCCUGAUGCCGCUACACAAGGCCAAGUCACUCAGUGUGUAUCACCCACAGCUUGCGUAUUGCGUAGUGCAGUUCUUAGAGAAGGAUCCCACUCUUACAGAAAAGGUUUUGAAACUACUCCUGAAGUACUGGCCAAAAGUGCACAGUCCAAAAGAGGUGAUGUUUCUGAAUGAAUUGGAGGAGAUUCUAGACGUCAUCGAGCCGGCUGAGUUCAACAAGGUCAUUGAACCUCUGUUCCAACAGCUCUCCAAGUGUGUUUCCAGCCCACACUUUCAGGUUGCUGAGAGGGCGCUGUACUAUUGGAAUAAUGAAUACAUAAUGAGUCUCAUCAGUGACAACGCCGCAACCAUUCUGCCCAUCAUGUUUCCUGCUCUCUACAAAAACUCGAAAGCUCACUGGAACAAGACUAUACACGGGCUGAUCUACAAUGCGCUGAAGCUCUUCAUGGAGAUGAACCAGAAGCUGUUUGACGAGUGCUCCCAAAAGUACAAACAGGAAAGACAAAGUGAGAAGGACAGACUAAAGAGGAGAGAUGAGCAGUGGAAUAGACUUGAAGGUGUUGCAAAACAGAACCCAAUGUUUGAGCGAUUACAUAACGAUAUCCACGAGGAAAACAGCCGUAUGGAAGUUGACACGGAUGAAGAUGUUUACGAUGGAGACAUCACCAAGGAUGUGGCUACUGAGGCCAAGGCUCCAACAGGUGUGAAGAAAGAACCGGUCAAGCAGUUGAUACGAAGAAAGUCUGAACUUCCUCACGAUGCGUACACAAUGCGUGCACUCACCACCCACAAACGGCCAGACGAGUAUCUAGUGUCUUCACAGGAAUCCAGUUGAGUGCAGUGGCAAGUUGACUUUCAGAAGUAGAUUUAUUAAAGACACCAACAUACGAGAGACGAUUUAACGAAACUUAAAAAAAAAAUUCACUAUCCUUUAAAAAGUAUUAAGGUGUAUUAUAGCGUACUAUAUAAAUAGUUCAUGCUUAUCACCGUGGUAUAGCUGGAUACCUUGUUUUGACCGUGUGGUAUUUGUUCAAUGUGAUGAUUUUUUUUUUAAACCGUUGUGUAUGGAUGUUCAUAAUCGGGUUAUUUUUUUAUGCCAGAAAGCACUUUUAAUGCAGCAGCUUUGAGCAGAGGCUUCAAAGUUGAUGUUGCCGUGAUGACAUUUAAUAUGGGAUGAGACUUUGUUGGAUGUGUAUGAUCGUUUGUUGUGAUACACUCAGAUGUGUGUGUCUUAUAUCAGUCAUGAUAUUUUUUUUAUCACUUAUAUUAAGCUUGUAAGGAAGUAACUUUUGGUAAAUGUAGUCACGUUGUUGAAAAAUCAAACGGACUAUUUAAAUUAAUAAAUAAAAAAAAACACUGUAUGAAAUGGA